ACAAGCACAGCCCAAGUGUCCCCUUCAUAUUAACUACACCUCAGGCGCGCACACAAUCAUAGAAUACGAUUUUUAAUGCGGCACUUGGGUCUUCCUUUCCUCUUUAAUGAUAGUUUGAUGUGAACCUACUCUGACCCGGAUUCUGAUGUCUUAUUCUGAUCUGGGACUUGCUUUCGAGGUUUUCCUUCUCCUUCGAUACUGAGUAAAUGGAUUCUCUGUCCAACGGUGAUUCAGCCGCUACAGCAGCGGCAACUGCCACUUCGAUUCCUCAGCAAUCGAAGCUAACCCAUCUAGUGGAGUCGCUGAAGUUGGAGCAUCAAUUGUUGAGGGUGCCCUUUGAGCAUUUCAAGAAAUCCAUGAGGUUUAACCACCGGAUCCUCGAGAAGGAGAUGUCUGCCGUUAUCUCCAGCGUCACCGAAGCCGCCGAUCGUGACAUGUCCAAAGAAGAAGCCGUUGACCAUCUCACCUCUCUUGUUUCUAGAUUACAAGGCCUCAAAAGGAAGUUGGAAGAGGGUAGUCGAACUGAGAAUUUGCAAGCGCAGAGGUGUCGGGCUCGGUUAGAUCACUUAGGGCCAGCACAGACGGAGAACGUUUCUGAGUGGAACAACACACGCGUAAAGCGGAUUCUCGUGGACUAUAUGUUGCGUAUGUCUUACUACGACACAGCGGUGAAGCUCGCAGAAAGCAAUAACAUACAGGAUCUUGUUGACAUUGAUGUCUUUCAAGAAGCCAAAAAAGUUAUUGACGCUCUUCAGAAUAAGGAGGUAGCUCCUGCUCUAGCUUGGUGUGCAGAGAACAGGUCCAGGUUGAAGAAGUCCAAGAGCAAGUUCGAAUUUCAAUUGAGACUGCAAGAGUUCAUAGAGCUGGUACGAGCUGAUAACAACUUGCAAGCCAUUACAUAUACUCGAAAGUACCUUGCACCAUGGGGAGCCACCCAUAUGAAAGAACUACAGCGUGUAAUGGCAACUUUGGCAUUUAAAAGUAAUACUGAAUGUGCAACAUACAAGGUUUUAUUUGAACCAAAGCAAUGGGACUAUCUGGUGGAGCAUUUCAAACAGGAAUUCUGCAGGUUAUACGGCAUGACCCUUGAACCUUUGUUGAAUAUCUAUUUGCAAGCAGGCUUGUCUGCCCUUAAGACUCCAUUCUGUUAUGAAGAAGACUGCACCAAAGAAGACCCAUUGUCGCAGGAGAGCUUCCGGAAACUAGCAAUGCCAUUGCCGUUCUCCAAGCAACAUCAUUCAAAACUUGUUUGCUACAUCACAAAGGAGCUAAUGGAUACGGAGAAUCCACCACUAGUCUUGCCAAAUGGCUAUGUUUAUAGCACUAAGGCCCUAGAAGAAAUGGCUAGUAAGAAGAACGGCAAAGUCACGUGUCCUAGGACAGGUGUAGUCUGCAACUAUUCUGAACUUGUCAAGGCUUUCAUUUCGUAGCCAUGGAUGUUACAGAAAUAUUGAGCCAGGUCCCAUGGUAACACUUGCAACAGAUGACCGCUAAGUUAUUGCAUCUUCAUAUAUAUUAUAAAGUUGCCUGCCUCUCAAGAUGCAAGCAAGCAUUCUGAUGUUCACUUCAUGACUUUGAGCUUGUUCAUUGUUCUCAACCCAUGUAUAGUUCACAAGACAAAUUUUCUUUUUUCCUUCUUCCCCUCUUUUUGGUUCAAUAGCAAGCUCCGUGUGUGUCAUAUUACCUGUUAACAAAUUGCUAUAGAAAAUGAAACAUUUUUUAUCACUAGU